UCGCGAAGGUUCUUGAAACGGACGCGCCGGUUUCCGGAAGCCGGCAGUCGCGUCGGCCGUCAGACCGGUGUCUGCGACUGGGCAGCGCGAACCUCUGCCUUGCGGUUCCUGGGGCUUGGCCUUACCGGUGCCGGUGGGAAGAGAAUAUGGCCUUGCUGUGCUACAACCGCGGCUGCGGCCAGCGCUUCGACCCCGAGACCAACUCCGACGAUGCUUGCACAUACCACCCAGGUGUUCCAGUCUUUCAUGAUGCAUUAAAGGGUUGGUCUUGCUGUAAGAGAAGAACAACUGACUUUUCAGAUUUCUUAAGCAUUGUAGGCUGUACAAAAGGUAGGCACAAUAGUGAGAAGCCACCUGAGCCAGUCAAACCUGAAGUCAAGACUUCUGAGAAGAAAGAACUAUCUGAAUUGAAACCCAAAUUUCAGGAACACAUCAUUCAAGCCCCUAAGCCAGUAGAAGCAAUAAAAAGGCCAAGCCCAGAUGAACCAAUGACAAAUUUGGAAUUAAAAAUAUCUGCCUCCCUAAAACAAGCACUUGAUAAACUUAAACUGUCAUCAGGGAAGGAAGAAGAUAAGAAAGAAGAAGAAAAUGAUGAAAUCAAGAUAGGAACUUCAUGUAAAAAUGGAGGGUGUUCAAAGACUUAUCAAGGUCCACAGAGUUUAGAAGAAGUCUGUGUGUAUCAUUCUGGAGUACCUAUUUUCCAUGAGGGGAUGAAAUACUGGAGCUGUUGUAGAAGAAAAACUUCUGAUUUUAAUACAUUCUUAGCCCAAGAGGGCUGUACAACAGGGAAGCACAUGUGGACUAAAAAGGAUGCUGGGAAAAAAGUUGUUCCUUGUAGACACGAUUGGCAUCAGACUGGAGGUGAAGUCACCAUUUCUGUAUAUGCAAAAAAUUCACUUCCAGAACUUAGUCAAGUAGAAGCAAAUAGUACAUUGCUAAAUGUGCACAUUGUAUUUGAAGGAGAAAAGGAAUUUCAUCAAAAUGUGAAAUUAUGGGGUGUGAUUGAUGUAAAGCGAAGUUAUGUAACUAUGACUGCAACAAAGAUUGAGAUCACCAUGAGAAAAGCUGAACCUAUGCAGUGGGCAAGCCUUGAACUGCCUGCAGCCAAAAAGCAGGAAAAACAAAAAGAAGAUAUAACAGAUUGAGUGGGAGAGGGGUCAAAAGCUAUUACCUAUUUCAGAAUUCUUAGGAAUAUGUGUUGAAUGGGGGCCCCUGCUGUAAUCUUUUGUUUUAUUGUUGUGUUGUUGCUGAAUCUGGCAUUUCAGGAUCAACAUUAGGUUCGUAAAAGCCAAAGUCAGUUUAUCUUUAUGUGCCUCUCAUCUUCCUUUUGAGAUACAUGAGACUGAUUGUUCAUUUCUCCUCACUGAUAGGAACUAUAGUUGUGUCCUUUACUUGAAGGGGCUGGAAAACAGCUCAUAACCAUAUUUGCAGUAUCUCUUAGUAUUAUGUUAAGCAGAGAAAUAUUAAGGGGCUUUUAAAAAAAAAAUCCUUGUAUUAUCCCAUAAUUAGUAAAGCAAGAUGAAAUGUCAGAUUUUUUUCAUCAGUUUUCGUGGAUUUGUGUUCUGUAAUACUUGAAAAUAUUUAAGAAAGAGAUAAGACUCUGUUGUUGUUUUCAUGUGGGACGAUUACUGUUUUAGGAAGGUUUACUGAGGCAGUGUAGUAAGAAGGCAAAAGGGAACAUAUGCGUUGGUGAACAAAUUAGGAUUUGUUUACAACUAGUUGAAUUUUAGAAUUACAUCAAAACUUACAUUACUUGCUAAGCCGUAUGAUUUAAGAAUAUAGGAAACAAGAGCACAGAGCUUAAUUUGGUUAAAAUUCACCAUUUCAUAAGAUAAACAACGUUAGAAAUCUCUUUCCUGAUUAUUUAAAUAUCUUUUUAUGCUGUCAUCACUAAAUUUUUUCUGAUUUACAUACUAAAUUCGCUUAAAACCUGUAAUUAGUUACAUAUAAAAAAUUUGCAUCUCGCCUCCAUGAUGGAAAACUAUAGCUAUAAAAUUGUAGACUUCAAAGUGUGUGGAAAUAGGGUAUUGUAAAACUAAAUAUAUGAAUUUGCUUUAUGACAACUAUUACAUGUUCACUAAAAUAGCUUAAUUAUU